UCCGCCCCCAACAUUAACCCGGCUAUUUCGAGAAAUUUCCAGCCCACUUUUGCACGUCACUUGCAGGCAUCUUUAAAGCGUUCGUCGCCUGUAUAAAAUGUCUCAGUACAAGACAGCAGCGAGAAACAUGAACGGCAUGAAGACGCAGUCACCGACCCAGUUCACAAUGGCGAGUAAUGACAACGACCCUCUCCCACUCGGCUGGGAAGUCAAAAUUGACCCGCAGACUGGAUGGCCUUUCUUUGUGGAUCAUAACAAUCGCACAACAACCUGGAAUGACCCGAGACACGACACGAAAAAGGUGAGAGAGCCAUCCGCAAACGGACCUAGCACAUCACCAGAACCGAGCCCUCAGGAGCCUCGAAAAUCCUUCGUCAGAGAAAUGAAGCACCCCAUCCUCCGGCCUGGGUACAUCCCAAUCCCGGUCUUCCACGAGGGGGCAGAGGUCCGACAGCAGCAGCAUCCAUGUUACUCCUACAUCCAGCCAGGCGCCCCCCAACAGAGCACCCGCACAGAUGGACGAGCCCCCUCUCCCAGCCCGGUUCUCCACGGGAGACCCAGAUCACCACUACAUGGACCCUCAGACGGCUGCUCUAGUGAGAGCACAGCAAAGUCCAGCUCCCCUGUUUCAUACACACCAGAGGUUUACAGUGCUCAACAUCAUCCGCCUUCCCGACCGAGCAGUACUGGUUUACAGGCGGGUUACAUCUCCAUCCCGGUGAUCCAUGAGGGAACUGGAGGAGCCCAGACCUCCCCCCAACUCAACCCCUCAGUCUACUCACAACGCGUCCCGUAUCCAGAACAGCGUGUCCCAUAUCCAGAGCACCAACAGCAGCCUUUCCACCGCAUCCAGGCUGAAGAAUGGCCCGGCUAUGGCCAGAGAGACAGAGCUUCUCCAGUGAUGCUCCCCCAAGCAUCCUCCAUCCACCACCCAACAGCGCACAUGAGGAGCCAGUCACCGAUAGUAUCACAGCUGCAUACAGACAGACCACAGGUCCAGCCGCACAUCCUUAUGAGAGAAGCCCCACAGAGGAUGGAGCAGGAGCCACAAGUCCAUCCACACAAACCUGAGAAUGUACAACUUUUGCACAUGGAACCCGAAAAACCACAGCAACCUCAACUCUUCCAGCCUCUACCACCUCAGCCUCCUCAGCCCUCAUCACCCCAACAGGCCGCCCCAUCCCAAAUGUACAUCCCGCAAUCCCCACAAGCCCCACAACUCCCACAGUUGCCACAGUUCCCACAGCCUCCACAGCCCCAACAACCCCCACUGCCCCCACAGCAACCCCAGACCCCACAGACCCCACAGCCCCCACAGACCCCACAAACCCCACAGCCCCCACAAAAACCCCAAUUUCCUCAGCAUACGGCAGACAUCCAUGUACAGUUACCUCCCAGAAAAGAAGCCCAGGACACGACUACUACAGCUAAUACUACUACUGCUACUCCUACCACUACUGAGGUCCCAAAAGCAGAACCUAAGCACCCUGGAGUAGCCAAAGUUGAGCAGAUUAUUGAGCGGGUCGCCAAGCUAGAGCAAGAAGUCAGAUGCUUUAACGGCAAGAAGAAUGAUAAGAAAUACUUACUACUGGAGGAGCUGUUGACCAAAGAGUUGCUAGCGUUGGACUCUGUUGAUCCUGAGGGCCGCACGGACGUGAGGCAAGCCAGACGCGACGGAGUUAGACGUGUUCAGACCAUUUUGGAUGUACUGGAGCAGAUGGAGGAGCAGCCAUCUGCACAAACCCCUGAGAAGUCCACAGACCUCACGCCAAAAGGAGAGCCUAUGAUGAUCAUGAAAGAUAACGUAGAAAUGUCAAGAGAAAUUUCAUAACAACCUCAAUGGAAGACAAGGACAGUCAACUGUAAAUUUGUUUAAUUUCAACACACAAGCUUUGACUCCUCUUGUUUCAAUACAGAAUUUGUGGACAUUGCAUGCAUUGAAUAAGCGUAUUGACAUUUCUGGCCACUCAAACCUCGGUAGCUCAGUGCGAUUUUUUUGUUUCAAGCCAAUGUUGAUGCCUUUUCUUGUUGUGCCAAUUUUGUCUCUCACAGUGACACUUUGUAGUACAUUGAAGUUCAAAUAAGAGGCCUUUAUUAUCAAUGGAAAAAGGGAGUAUUUUCUUAGAGAUAUAUUGUAGUUGCCUUUGUCCUGAACAGAUUUUGUAUUAGGGUUUUCUGAAUUUACUCAGAAGUUAGUGUGUGUGGGACUUGGAACAUUUUCUCAUUUUUUUUGCCAUCGAAGCACAAUAGUGGAUGGGCAUAUCAGGUUACUGAAGUAAAAUUCCAAUUUACUGUUUUCCAAUAUAGUUUUAUUAAUUAGAUGCAGACAGCACGGAGCAGACUUCUUUUGACUUCAAGAUUUGUACUGGGGCAAAUUCUGCUUUAUUAUUUAUUGUCAUAUUGAGCAGUUAUAUAAAUGAAAAAUAAAUCUUUACCUUUUUUAAACAGCAAAAAUAUCUUCAGGAAUAUAUCUAUUAUGGUAAUUAGGUACUACUGUUACACUGAUUUGAGUCCAUCAUACAUUUUAAACUAUAAAUAUAUCAUACACCAAAAAAAUUUGUAAAACUAUUGAGAAUUUUAUUUCAGUAACCAGAGAUACACACCCACUGUUGCUCUUCAUACAAAGCUAUUUUGAAGCUAAGAAAUUUCACAGUUAAUUUGUUAAAUAGAUGCUGCUUUUUGGUGCAUUACUGAUAAAUUAUAACGCUGUUUUUGCACUUUGCCACCACUGAAAGUAUCCACGCUAAAAUUCAACAUCACUACAGUUGAAAUGUAUGACUUAAUAACAUAAGUUUUGAUUGACGUGUCGGAGUGUUUGUAUGUGCAAUGGUUUACUUGUAAUUUCAGCAUAUAAAUAUAGUUAUAUCAGUAUUUAUAUAUUAUUAAAGUAUUUUGGUACAAUAAUGAAUGUGUAAUAUGGACCUGAGUGAGACAAUCAGCACAGAUUUGGUUAAAAUUAUUUGAAUGUCUUUGUAUCACACCAAAGCCACAAUCUGUAACAGCACCAACACUAAAACGGCCAAAUGCCUUAAUAAUGCCAACUGUGAGAUAAAUAUAUUUAAAUAUCUGGAAAGAAAUGCUGUAGUUUUAUCCAAUGAUCACAAUUUAUCACUGUAUGUGUUUAUUUGUACACAAAAAUAAUAAUAAGAUGUUUGUUUAGCAGGACCACAUUUUCACAAAUUAUAGAUUGUGGCUUAGUUUCAAUCACUUUUUGAGUAAACUACUGUAUUUUAUCAAAGAGAGUAUUUGGUAUGGUUGGAAA